AGCGAGCAUGUUGCUUCACUACUGAGUAAACUUUUGCCGAGUGAAGUUGGGAAGUUCCGUUCCGUUUUAUCGUUAUUGAAAACAUCUUGCGGGUGAAAAGGAUUUACAGCAAAGUCUACUGGAUUAAGAUACGUUGCGACCUGGGAAACCACAUUUUGCUCGCUUCGAGUAAAAUACACACACUACUGUUCGAAUAGUUGCAAGAAGAACCCCUCUCCAAGUGAUGAGCUACCAGUGCAUACUGGUACUCACGCUGUCGCUGUUGGCGACCAGCGUGAGCUUAGCGAAUCCCUCCACCGACAAGGCGGCCGCCAGUACCAGUGCGCUGCCGAAAGCUCAGGAUCCGCUGUUCAACAAGAUGCUUGCCGAGAAAUCGUCGUCGGAUACUCCGAUGGCACAAAAUCCCCUCUUCAAUAAGAUGCUACCGGAGAUAGAUUCGAAGGAGAACCUAAUCGAGCACGAUGAAGACCCCGUGCAGCCGCCGAAGAAGGCAGCAGCCGAUCUGAAUCCGAAGUACGCUCAACAUGCGGCUAAGCUCAAGAAGGGUGCCAAGGAACAAGUGGUCAAGGCAGAGUCUACGACCAUGGGAAUUGUUCCAGUUGACAAGGCUGAACACAAAGACAGUUUCGACGAUGACGAUAGCUACGAAGAUGAGGGUGAUUUGCUACCAGAAGAUACCAAGAAAACGGAAGAAACAAUAGAACAAUCGGAAGAAAUACUCAUAGACGAAAUAGAAGAACAAGCAGAAAUUUUACCACAGAUCGAAGAUCUUUCAGAUGUGAAAUUUUCUCAGCCUACAGUAGCCGACGAAACACAGCAAGAGGUCGUCAAACCGAAGAAGUCAACAACCAGCACCAGUACGCUGAAGACUGCUAGCGCUUCCAGCACAGCAGCUCCCGAUGACGAAUACUACAAUGACGAUGACGACGAUAGCGCAGAGUUGGAAGACGAGAAGAUCGAUCCCUUAGCUAUUCAAAAAAUGCUCGCAAAGAACACUCCAAAAUCAACCGAAGCUCCCAAGUCGACAACUACCAGAGCGAAGGCAUCAGGUAUUCCUAAAACGUCAUCAACAGCUAAGGCUACUACCGUCGAUAACGAGAUCCUAGAUGAGAUCGACGAGGAUGAUGAAGACUACCAGUACGACGAUGAUGAUGACUCCGACGACGAGAAGAUCGACUUCGAUGCGGUAGACAAGCUGUUGGCUCAGAAAAAGCAGAAACAUAAAGAAAUUGUUGCAACUGGUGCUGCUACUAGCAAAAAAUCUGACAGCAAAAAUGCUAAUCAAAACUACCCCGAGUACUACGACGAAGACGACGAGGAUGAUGACGAUGACUACAACCUGGAAGAGCAAGUUCACUUGUGUCCGCGUGACUGCAUCUGCGAGCGCAAUAUGCACGCCUAUCUGGUGGCCACCUGCAGCCGAUUGGAUAUGGAUACCCAAAAGUUCUCGCCAUCGAUCACUGAUCUCCAAGUUCUGGAUGUCGGCCCGAAAUAUCCGAUCGUAUUGAGCGCCGAGUUCUUCAAACAAAUCGGGCUCUCCCAUGUUGUGUCGAUCAAGAUCAGUAAUUGCACAAUCGAGUACAUCAGCCCAUCCGCGUUCGUAGGUCUGGAUGAUCUGUACUCUGUCAAUCUGACUAAUUCAGGAAUCGAUAUGCUGCAUCCGGACACCUUCGCUAACAAUACUAAACUGCGGCUUCUCACGCUCUCCGGAAAUGACCUGAGCGCGAUGCAGAGUGUCAACUAUAACACCCCGUACACCGAAUACAUGUUGAAGGCCCCAUCGAUCGAGGAGUUGGACAUUUCCAAGUGCAAUCUGCAAGCCCUCCAGCCAACUGCAUUUAUUGAACUUAAAAACAUCAUCUACAUCAAUUUAGCCGAUAACAAACUAAAAACCCUGCCGGAGGGCAUCUUCGACAAGGUGGAAACCAUCGAGGAGCUUGAUCUUUCCUUGAACAGCAUCGCCGAAUUGCCUAAGAAUAUCUUCAACAAAACUUCGCUUGCCAUCCUGCACCUCAAGUACAACAUGAUCAGCACCAACCUAGACUUCGUUACAGCCGAUCUGCAGAAGCUUGAUCUGAGCUACUGUCAGAUCCGCAACAUCAAUGGUCAGAUGUUCAAGGGUAUGGAAGGACUCACUAAUUUAAUCAUGAAGGGCAACCGCAUCAAGAAGAUCAACCAGAUCGCUUUCACCUCGUUGAAGAGCCUACGCCAGAUCGACCUUUCGCAAAACUAUUUGGAGCAGAUCUCUGCUCUGACCUUCCUGGGUAACAAGGAUCUGGAUAUUAUAAAACUGAAUGAUAACCCACGUCUGAAGCAGCUGCCAUCCGAAGGUUUCCAGAGCUCGUGGGGAACGUUCAACACCUACUUCCUGGAUGUGUCCAAUUGUGACAUUUCCGAAUUGGCUAACAACACAUUCAAAACGAUGCCGCAGCUGACACGAUUGAAUUUGGCGUGGAACAACCUGCAAACCGUUGGUCCUGCUGUGCUGAGUCCACUGGACAAACUGAUGGAGCUUGAUCUGAGCAAUAACCUGAUCACCCAGCUGAGCGAGCAAACAUUCCUUCAGAAUCGAAACCUGAACAAGCUUAACCUGUCCGGUAAUCAGAUUUCGGUUCUACCCGCCAAAGUCUUCCUACCGCUGCAGUACCUGAAUCAUUUGGAUGUAAGCGACUGCGACCUUCGUACGAUAUGGGAGAGCUCCGCUCCGAAUGCCAAGAAUCCCAAAGUCCUCCCUAACCUAAAAUUGCUGAACGCAUCGUUCAACGAGAUCUCCACCGUAUAUGUCACGGAUCUCGCUUCUCUCUCGAGUCUUCGCGUUCUGGACGUGAAAAACAACUCGUUGGAUUGCAACCAACACUUCAAGACGCUUAUCAAAUGGCUCGGAGUUAAGAAGAUCUCACUGGGAGAUUCCAGCAAGGAACAACGCACUCAUGCUGAGUUGAAUGCUUAUAUUACUGACAAUUCUGCGCCACUAGUGGAGUGGAGCCAAUUUGCUCAGGAGAUUUGCCAGACUGCCAAGAAUGGUGCUGACUCUCCGGUUGUUAUUAAGGACACAGAACUAGACGAAGAUGACGACGACAUUGAGGAGGAUGAGUCUGAGGAUAGUGAUGAUUACUCGGAUGAGCAGAAUACCAAGAAAGAAGACGUAGUGGACAGCAAGGAUGAGCUGGAUCAGUACUAUGACGAAGAGGACAAUGAUGACGAUGUUGAUGAGAAUGAAAACGUGAUCAACGCCGCUAACGGAAUGCAGAAGAUUGAGGAAACCAUCCUUAUUGGAAAGACAAAAUCUGAUGAUCCACUGGAAGAGGAGGUUGUUAUUCUGGACAGCAACACUUUGAUGCAGAUCAGUGGCCUGUUGCUACCGAUCUUCUGCAUCGCUGUGGGUCUCAUGGUAAUCUGUGCGGCCAUCACUGGUAUCUAUACGACCAUGAUGCGAAAACGAGGAGAACGCUACCGCCAGGCGCUGUUAGCUUCCAAGAACUCUAUUGUAUACCAGAAGCUAACGGAGGAUAUUACGCCGAAAACUCCCAAAGUACAUCGAUACGCUCCAAUACAGCAGGUCUAGAGGCAGCGAAUUGUAACUUUCUUUACGACUACUUAAUAACAAACAAAAUGUAGGCUUCCAAAAGUGAUCAAUCCCUGGUUAGUGGGGUGAUCUUCUUCCGAAAGCUGCUUACAACAGAUUUCCAGUCCUUCCAAAAUACAGUCAGCUAUUUACGAUUUUUGUAACAAAUUAUUCUAGUAGUAAGAUCAGAGUACUUAUGGCGAGAGAGCGAGAAAGAAAGAGCAAGAGCAAACAAACUACUGUAAACGUAUUUAUUAGGAUUUUCUUUUCUUUGCCUUUUUACUAGAUAACACGUAAAGCGAUGGAACACACCUAUUGGUCAAUAUAGCAAUACAACCCAGAGUGUAUUUUUCUGUUGAACAUUCCGUUAAACACUGAGACACUGAGUAGAUUCCCUUACUAGUUUUUCCUUAAUUUUCUGAUAUACAAGUUUAAUUCUAUUCAACUGCAUAGAGACUAACAUAAUUCAGCGACAGUUCUUGCAUAUUUACACGAAAGACCACGGCAUCUGAGGCGAAAUAAUCACACUCAAACACACCCACACAUAAACAGAGAUCAGCUAGCAAUAAUAUUAUAGACUUCCACCAUGUGCCAUUAGAUGAAAAAAAAAACAUUCAAACAGCACCACAUCAAAAGUAGCGCGAGGAUAGAAUUCCAAUAUUUUCACGGUACUUCUUUGGGAGCCUAAUUACUCAUAGGGAACAAGCAACAGCAAUGGCUACUAGAGCAUAAACAAGCAAGGCUGGAAAUAAAAUGGUGAAACAAUAGAUGUAGAGUCUGUCACAGAAGAUAUCAAAGCGAAAAUUUCAGUAAUUAUUUUUCUUUAAAUUAUUGUGAAGCAUUUUUACAACUUAUUACAAUUUGUCGUUUGUUUUUGAUAAAAUAAAGCGGUUUUAUCAAAUAUGUGCUGUUUUCUUUAUA